AUGGCAUCGCUCGCGUCGACUGCUCUCCUGCCGCGCGCUGCCGUUAGACCGCGAUGCGCCGCGCCAUUUCCCGCCUCUCGCCUCUCCGCCGCCUCCGCUCUCGGCGCACGGACAUGCCUUCCGCCACUCCCCGCGCUCUCCGCGAAGCGACGCGCCACUUCUGUGCGCGCCGCUGCCGCUGCAGCGGCGCCUCCGGCGACCGCGGCGAUGGUAAAGGCCGGCGCGCUGACCGAUGUCGCGCAAGCCGUCUACUCGCGCGUCGUGCCGGCAGGGUUCGCGGCGGGUCUCGGGCUCACGGAGGUGUCGGUUGUCCUUUUCCUCCGCGAGAGCAUCGUUGGGCUGGCAACGCUCGUCGUCAUCUACUGCGCGCCGCAGAUCUGCCGCGCGCUCAACCACGUGUGGGGGACGUACGUGAUGAGCGACGAGGAGGUGACGGAGGAGGAGUUCGGUGACAGCAUGUUCGGCGCGCUCGUCCGCCCCAUGCAGUUCGCACUCGCUUCUGCCUUCCUCACGCGCCAUCUGCAUGUGCUGGUGCCGGCGCUGAGGCAGGCGGGGCAGGCGGCGCUGAUGGCGAGGGCGAGGGGCGUGGCGCUCGUGGUGGCGGCGGCGUGGUUUGCCAUCGGGUGGAAGGACCGCCUCUUGAAGCUCGUCGCUGCUCAACGCCCCGAUGACAAGCCGGUGCUGGCGAACGUGAGUGCGGUGCUGACGCUGCUGCUGCGUGUGCUGGCGGGCAUCACCAUUGCUGACAUGUUUGGCAUCAGCCUCAAGUCGCUCAUCGCCAUCGGUGGUAUCUCAGGAUUCGCGUUGGCGUUCGCAUCGGAGAAGGUCGUGACCAACUUCUUUGGCGGGCUCAUGCUCAUCCUCACACAGCCGUUCGCGCUGAGGGAGAAGAUCCGCGUGGUGGGGCUCAAGGGCAAGGUGCAGGAGAUUGGCUUCCUGCACACCACCAUUGAGGGCGAUGAUUUGUCGCCCAUCAUCAUCCCCAACUCCAUCUUCACGUCUGCUGUCAUAACGAACCUCACGCGGGCGGGGUGCAAGACAUUGGAGGCAGCGUUCGUGCUGCGGCACGAGGACGUGCCUCGCGUGAAGGCCAUCACUCACGCACUCACGGCAUACUUGCAACAGCACCCAAGGGUGGACAAAAGCAAGGGCCCCGCCAUGGGGUACUUGAAGCAGCUCACCGGGUCGGGGCUGCAGAUUGGCGUUGUGGCUUCCAUUAAAGACCAAAGCAAGGGCAAGUUCCUGCCAGUGCAGCAGGAGAUACUGGAGAAGAGCGUGGAGAUCAUUCUAGAGGAGGGGGCACUGCUGGGCGAGAGCGCUCCCUAUGUGCCCUCCGCCUCCAAUGGCUCCACUGCCUCUACCUAUGCCGC